AUGACUACGAAUUUAGGGCCCAAGUUAAAGUUUGUGAUGCCUCUUUAAAAGAUAGUUUCACUUGAGGAUAUUUAUGAGGGGAAUUGUGAUUUUGAAUAGAAAUAAUAGAGUACUUCUAAGGUUGAACGUAAAGUGAGUUUUGCAGGUUCAACAAUCAUCUUUAUCAGAUACUCAGAAGAGGAAAUAAUACAUUUUAGAUAAAGAUUGAGAUCAUAAAUACAAUGUAGUAUAGAGUCCAUUGAGUCUUCAUAUUUAAAUCCGUAAUUGUGUAGUCCAGGCAAAUAAAAUAGAAAGAAGUCCUGCUUUAAAGAAUACGAGGAACAAUUAAACUGA